CUCUGAACUCACUUAUUCAUGUAAUGUGACCACAGCAGGAAAGUACACCUGAGAAAUGCAAAAGAAUAUGGUGCUACCAAGAGUACCAAUGCUGCAUCACGGACAGUAGCACAACCAGGAGAAGACACAUGAUUUCCUCUGGGUUUCCUGAGGAAUAUACUCACUUCUUAGCUUUGUUGAAAAUGAAAAUUCAGAGUGUGAUUAACUGAUAAUAGUAAAAUUGUGUAAAAUGACAAUGCAGAACACUCCAGGGAUCACUUAGAGUCACGGCAUAAAUGAGUAAUAUGGCGCGGUCCUGAUCCUCACCCGCCUACCACCACCUGACAGCUGGUGAUCCCUCCAGAGCGGUGAUGAACUAUGGACGGAACCAAUAGAACAGCAGUGGCAGAGUUCAUUUUUCUAGGAUUUCCGGGCUCUUCUGCACUGCAGCUGGCAUUAUUUGUGAUGUUUCUCACUGUGUAUUUGCUGUCUCUAAUGGGGAACACUCUCAUAAUCUUCCUUAUUCUGAUGGAUUCCACACUGCAGACACCCAUGUACAUUUUCUUAGGGAACUUGUCCUUCCUGGAGAUCUGGUACACUACAGCCACAGUACCUAAGUUGCUGGCUACAUGUGUCACGAAGGUUGUCACCAUUCCUGUCGCGGGCUGUACUGCUCAGUACUACUUCUUCUUCUCCCUGGGAGCCACUGAAUGCAUCUUGUUGGCAGUGAUGGCUUAUGACCGGCACGUGGCUGUAUGCCGUCCUCUACACUACUCACUUCUCAUGAGUGGGCAGAUUUGCCUAAGGUUUUCAGCUGGGUGUUGGAUUGGGGGCUUUAUUGCCCCUUUGCUCCCCACCAUACUCAUCUCUCAGCUGAACUUUUGUGGCCCACAAAAAAUCAACCAUUUCUUUUGUGACUCGGACCCGAUCUUUAAACUCUCCUGCUCAGACACAUUCUUGGUGGAGGCCUUGGGUUACACCUGCAGCUCUGUGGUGAUUCUCAGCUCUUUCCUUCUCACAAUGAGCUCUUACGGCAACAUCGUGGUCACAAUAAUCAAGUUAUCUUCCCUGGAGGCUCGGAAGAAAACGUUCUCAACCUGUGCCUCCCACCUCACAGUGGUUACCAUCUACUAUGGCACCAUAAUCUUUGCUUACGUUCGCCCUCCAGCCAAAUACAAUUUUACAAUUGGAAAAGUGGUCUCAGUGUUCUACUGUGUGAUUACUCCAUUAGUCAACCCUCUCAUAUAUACCCUGAGGAACAAAGAUGUGAUGAAAGCUUUCCACAAAUUUCUAAUAGCCUCAUGA